AUUGAGCAUAAAUACUCUGGUCCUCGCCCUUCUUUCACAGUUCUACUCAGCAUCAGCAACGAACAUCCUCAUCCAUUCAUCACUUCAAUCUUCCUUGCCUCUCAAACAUCAAUCACUUCUAUCAAACAUACCUUGAAGACUUUCUUCACAUCACACCUUCCAAACAACAAGGACAAACUCCCAAUCAACGAUCAACAUUUGACAGCCAACCAACACCAUGUGCUACUACGAGCAAUACUCCAUGCCCUGCGGCGACUGGAAAUGGGGUAACUUUCGAGCUCAUUGCUCCAAGGAAUACCGCACUGGUGAGACCUGUGGUAUGAAACUUGUUUGGGAGAGCAUUGGAUUGCCAGACAACUGCAAGUAUUGUAUCAAGAUCGAAACAAAGCGGGGAAAGAUUCGCAAGGAGAAGGAGAGAAUCAAGAGGUGGAGACAAGAGGGUAACCGCCGUGCUUCAAUCUCUCAGUCAGAGGAAGCAAUUGAGAACAUGGAGCGGGAGAUUUGGGAUCUCAAUGAGCAGCGUGCCUCUGUGAGACACCAGCGGAACAUGUAAUAGCCGACUGGGCUACACGCAACGUCCCAACUCGUCGACGAGCAUAAGUGCAACGGUGGAAAGGCCUUUGAUUGAGUUUCAUCCUAUUGUAGUUGCCUCCUGUUCUUUCCUUGGUUCCGGGGUUAUCGGCGAUCUAUGGGCAAAUUGGCGAUGCUUCUUAUCCUUGCAGUGGUGGGGUGGACGGGCGAUGAUCCAGUGUAUUUCCCUUGGUAGUGAUAGUAUGCAACGAUGACACGGCCGG